AUGAAAUCUCUACUUCCCCUUUCUCUGGACUUUAGACUGGAUAAAAAAUCGGUGGAGGGUCAAGUAUCGUGUCUAUACAUCAGCUCAAAACAGCUUGAAGAAUGUGGUAGAAUGAGUACUUUGCAUUUUUUCUCUGAACACCCGUACCUUCAUCUUUACAUCAUCCCUCCUAUGCAUUCAGAUGUUUACAAGGAGAUCAAGGAUGAUAUAAAGGCUUGGAUAAGAGAAAAAAAGACAAAGGAAUGGUUAAUAAUAUAUGGUUUGUGCAAGAGGGAGUUAGUAGAGGAACAGAAGAUUAACUAUAAGACAAUUGAUAAAAUUAAAAGGAAACUGUCUAAUAUGGGACACCGAUCUACUCGACUCUUACUGGCUCCAAUGGUGAAUUUAAAAUGUCUACGGCCUGAAAAGGGGAAGUCACCCUUAGAAGCACCAAUAAAUAUCCCAAAAGCGUCUGAAGAAGAACCGAAAUCCACAAUCUCUCUCUACAAGGAUUGGGACGACAUAAAAUGGAUCAUGGAGUGGUCUCUAAAGGAUGCAAUCGAGGACAGAUUCUCAGAAAUGAUGCAAAACCUGGAAAAGUAUGAUCAAAAACCUAUAUAUAUCAGGAGGGAAACUGCGGAAUUGUCUCAUCACCUAAAGAUGGCGAAUUUGAAGGAGAAUCUGUUAUAUUUAUAUCUAAAGUGCGGGUUGAUUAAUGAUUGCGUUCAUGGCUACUCUGAAUUGCUCUCUGGAAAACUUUUACAAUUAAAGGAAAUGAAGCUGGACAUUGACAAAAAAUUAAAGGGUAAUCUUGCAAUAAUAGAUGCGGGGAAAAUGGCACAUGAUAAGAGUGGAGGAAAUGUUAAUACCGCAGACUCAUCUCUAAGUUGGCCAUAUAGUGAUCGCACCUUAAUGGGAAUUCACCCUGCUGGAGGAGACAUUUCAGAGGACAUGUUCCACUUUUAUACCAAAUUCAGGGUCUCGCUUCCUACGACUCGGGUCUCUCCAUUUCAAUUCAGGUGCUACAUCUUAGCAAAGCAGCUUGUAGCACUAGGGAGUGCAAACACACUGGAAAAUAUUGCAAAGGCUGCCGAGAUCACUAUGGAGUUUGCAAUGCAGAAUAUAAAUGUAGAAUAUAAACGUGUAUUUAGAAAGUUUUUAUUGGAUGCAAUUUAUCACAUAGAAUCCAGAUUAGCUCAUUCACAAGAUGCGGAAGCAACAACAUCUGCACCAUCCAAAAAGGACUCAAAAAUCUCAAAGCAAAAGAAGAAAGAGAGUGUACAGAUGGAAAGGAAAGAUGUCUCAGACUUGGCAUCUAGUGCUCUUUUAGACCGCAAUGAUGGUAGAAUUAGGUGCUACAGAUGUCUUGCAUUUUUGUAUAAAAUUGUAUACGGUAUAAAGGUGAAUGAAGAUGAACUUGUAGAAAAGGAGGAUAUACAUGUCAAGGUUAUUGAAACAGAGCCAGAGGUGCCGCAAACAGAAGUCAUUAAAACCGAACCUUUAGAUAAAGAUGUUCCAGAAUUGGAGGGUACACCAGAAACCAAAGAUGAGCAGAAUACACCAACGGAACCUGCUCAAGAACAUCCCGAUGACGAGAUAAAAGACGAAGACUCUCUGGAUAAUCCUGAGGAGUUAGAUAGAUCACAAGGGGCUCCUGAGGUCGAAGAUGUGCAAUCUACAGUGCCGGUGACAACUGAGGAGGACGCUAAAGCCCCAAAACCUAAUGAACCAAGGGGAAAUGACAAGGCUGCUCAACAAGGACAAACUCAAGCGAAUGCACAGCCUGCUGAUAAACCUGUAGAAUCUCAAACUCCUAAGGGGGAAGUACUCUCACCCACUUCUGACAGCGCUGUAACAGAUCUUCAUAACGUAGACACUACUAUAUCCGCCGAUAAUGAAUCCUUGAAAAAAGAUGACCAGGACGAGGACAAGCCUGCAGAUGACAAAGUUGAUGAGCAGGGGGAAUCUGACAACGAAUCUGCCACUCUGAAUGCCACAAGUAUAGAGACUAAAUCUGUGGAAACCAUUGAUAUCACUGCGGCAGAUUCGGAGGGAGAAUCCGUAUCCUGCAUCACAGACUAUAGUCUAAAUCCUUCGGAAAUUGCAGAAUGUGUGGAGAUGAUCAGGACGAUGUCAGUCGAGGAAGAAAAGCCAAAGAAACAGGAACACCUGCCCAAGUUUACAUUUGAAAUUUGCAUGCCCAUAAAGGUGGCAGAUGAAAAGAAUAGGGAAGAUAAGAGUGGUGAAUUAGCUCCAGAAAAAUCGGAUUCUGGUUUUGAGCCAAAGCGUGACUUUGAUGAUUCGUUAGAGCUACUAGGAAGAAGCUGCAAGUACUUUACACUUGGAGGACUAUACAGGCACUCUGUACUUGUAGAUCCAGUUGUGACUGAUGUUCUCGUAAAGCAUAGCACGGAUUCAGAGGCACAUGACUUUAAGGAAUCAUCCGAUGGCAAACAGGCGGCUGAUAAAGAGUCACCUUGCGAAUAUACACACUCUAGGAACACACAAGACAUAGAUCCAAAUUUGGCCUUUUUGGAAAAGGACACACGGAUGAUGGGAUGGACUCAUUUAUGGUCAAUUGUAAAGGCUGCCAUUGCUAUAAAAACGUAG